AUGGUGUCUGCUCGGCUGGUUGAUUGUCCUGAUAUACCAGAAGAAACAGAGAUGCAGCCAAAUCCAGAUAUGAUGUUUGCAGCCGGUGAGGAACCAAUUGGGGUUCGUGUUCUUAGCUAUCAAUCAUCUAGUGCUUUAAAACAGAUUUUUAAUGCGUUAGACGAAGGAGAAUUAGAUAUUAUAAGGAGGUCUUCUUUUGGAAAGUUGAUAGAGAUUGCCGACAAACCAGUUUUUUCUGGUAGAUUCGCUCGUUAUAUGUUGUCAAGGCAGCUGAAAACGAAGAAGAAGCACGAAGCGUGGUUUCGAUUUGCUGGUAAACCGGUCCGGUUUUCACUUCUCGAAUUUGCUAUUGUGACGGGCCUACCAUGUGGUCAAUUUCCCCCGAAGUCAAAGAUGAUGCUAAAGGAAACAAUAACUGAGCAACCUUAUUGGCCGUCGUUAUUCGGAAAAGUUGACACGGUGACCGUCUCUUCCGUCAUCAAGAUGCUGUACCGGAAAACAGUAAAGGACACGGAGAUCCGGAUCAAAUAUGCAUGUUUGGCGCUGCUUGAAUCUGUUUUGCUGCCAACAAGCUUAAAGAUGAAGAUAUCAAGAGAUCAUGUUGAAGCUAUAAAAGAUCUUGAUGCGUUUUUUGCCUAUCCUUGGGGGAGAGUAGCAUUUGACAUGCUUAUGGGGAGUAUCAAAGAGAAAGAUGAGAUAGCUUUGUCGCAAAACACGAUUGCUAUAAAAGGAUUUGUUCUUGCAUUACAGCUUGUUAUGGUAGAAGCAGUACCGGCGUUGACAGAUGUUGUGCAAGAUACGUGUUCAUCAUCCGAAUCAGAUAGUGAAGAUGUGGAUGGACAUGGCCGUGAUAUUUUCUGUAAGAAACAGACUCUGAACCCUGCACACGCACGCAAUGUAGAUAAGAGAAUUGAUCUUCUCGUAAAUAGCGUCUUGGUUGAAGAUCCGGUCGGGCGAAUAAACGCGGGAAAUUUGGUUUAUUCAGACGAAGAACAUGAUGCGCGAGUUGAAAGCAUGUUAGUGCGCAUUAGCCGUAGCCAUCGUUUCAAUAAUUCUGAUUUUCCCUCUGGCCUUAAAAAGAGUGAUGUUGAUCGUAUGCGAGAAGUGGUUAAAUCAACUACAAAGCCAAAGAGAGCUAAGAAGUUCCAGUCUAAUGUGCAAGACAGUGAGACCAGUUAUAUCGUUCAGGUUGUGCUAGAGAAAAUUAAAGCUGAGGUUGCUUCAAUGGAAAGAAACAUCAAAGUGGCGACUUCUGGAGUAGAAGCAAUAGAACAGAAAGUUGGUGUCUACGUUGAAACAUUAUUAGAAAAGUUUAAGGAAGAAAUGCUCACAUUUGUCACUGAAAAGGCUGGGAAUCUCACUCCAAGUAAUAAAGCUCAUGCUGGAUCUGGAUAUGUUUGCGUCACACGGGUACUUCAGUCAUGUGCACAGUCAGCUAUCAGCGAAAAUCGUUCUAGGCAAACUCCUUCCAUCAACGAAGGUCGUAAAAGGCAGCCACAAUGCUUGAUGGAUGAACCUUCGUUCUCGCUUGGACUAACACAGAAAGCGUUUAUUCCGGUUGAAAUUCCUAUAUUGCCGACAAACCAGGUUCAUCAUCAGGAACCUAUAGCCGACAUUAAUGUUGGUGACAACAAUGAAGAAGGCCAAUCAUCAUGGAGAAGUAAGAGGCAGAAGACGGUUCCAUCAGGUCUCGUUUGUGAUUAUCAAUGUGCUCCGCAUGUACUUGCUCGUCUUAGGGAAUCUCAGAGGUGCAUAUUUGUUAUACAAGAUAUAUCUGAACAGACAAGAAAGUAUGCAAAACUGGUUACCAAAUUGCAAGGGAAAUUUGUGUUCAACAUCUUGGGAUUGGCAGUAUCUGCAAAGGAACUACUACUAAUUGUGGAUCGACCUCGUACAUACUCUGCUAAGGUUUUUGAUAUUCUAAUUCGAGUUCUACGUUCGGUUAUGUCUCCAUUGCUGCCUCCUCAAGGUUCUCGGAGUGCUGCAUUUCUAGACACCAAAUUUGUCCCUUCUAUUAUGAGGACCUUUCCAAAGUUUCUCAAGUCGAAAAAUAAAGAAGGAAUCCGUUUUGAUGCUGGUAGUGGGAGUAUUAUCAUCCUUGAUUGCAAUUUGGCAUUGCACAAGGAUGCCACACUGGAAAAAAUUAUAAAACCAGUCGUGCAGAUGUUGCCUUAUCUUGCUAGAUAUGCAUGUCAACCUUUGGGAGCAGAGCCUGUGAUUCAGUGUUAUGAUGUUGCUAGGCCAAAGUCAGUAGCUCAGAGUAAAGUUCCUGUUGACUCUGGGUUGAUGGCUUUGUUGAUGAUGGCGUAUCACGCCCUCUAUGGCCUCGAUGCGUGUAAGACAAUAACUCGAGAAUUGCUUGAAGAGGAAGGGAAGAGUGCAGCAAUAUUGGCGUAUGAGUUCAAGGAGAAGUUGUAG